AUGCCGCCGAAAGCUAAAGCUAAAGACGCAGGUCCAGUGGAGAGGCCUAUUCUUGGCCGUUUCUCUUCUCACCUCAAGAUCGGAAUCGUUGGGUUGCCAAAUGUGGGAAAGUCAACACUGUUCAACACUCUAACAAAGCUUUCAAUCCCAGCUGAGAACUUCCCCUUUUGUACCAUUGAGCCUAACGAGGCACGUGUCAACAUCCCCGACGAGAGGUUUGACUGGCUUUGCCAACUCUACAAGCCUAAGUGUGAGAUUCCUGCCUUCUUGGAAAUUCAUGACAUUGCUGGUCUUGUUAGAGGCGCUCAUGAAGGCCAGGGUCUUGGAAACAACUUCUUGUCCCAUAUUCGUGCUGUUGAUGGAAUCUUCCAUGUUCUGCGUGCUUUUGAAGAUUCUGAUAUCAUACAUGUUGAUGAUAUUGUCGAUCCUGUUAGAGAUUUGGAGACCAUUACUGAAGAAUUGCGCCUAAAGGAUAUUGAAUUCAUUAAAAACAAGAUUGAAGAUGUCGAGAAAAGCAUGAAGAGGAGCAAUGACAAGGCGCUAAAAGUUGAACUUGACCUCUUGCUCAAGGUAAAAGCUUGGCUGGAAGAGGGAAAAGAUGUCCGUCUUGGGGACUGGAAAGCAGCUGAUAUUGAGAUUUUGAACACUUUCCAAUUGCUUUCUGCAAAGCCCGUUGUUUAUCUCAUUAACAUGAAUGAGAGAGACUACCAGAGGAAGAAAAACAAGUUCUUGCCCAAGAUUCAUGCUUGGGUUCAAGAACACGGAGGUGAUACUAUGAUUCCUUUUAGUGGUGUUUUUGAAAGGAGUCUCGCUGAUAUGCUUCCAGACGAAGCAGCAAAGUAUUGUGAGGAGAACAAACUGCAAAGUGCUCUUCCGAGGAUCAUAAAAACUGGAUUUUCAGCCAUUAACCUCAUAUAUUUCUUUACAGUUGGGCAUGGUGAGGUGAGGUGCUGGCAAAUACGACGGCAGUCAAAGGCUCCUCAAGCUGCAGGGGCCAUUCAUAGUGACUUUGAGAGAGGAUUUAUUUGUGCCGAGGUUAUGAAGUUUGAGGAUAUCAAGGAAUUUGGCAAUGAAACUGCCGUCAAGGGCGCAGGAAAAUACAGACAGGAAGGGAAAACAUAUAUUGUUCAGGAUGGAGAUAUUAUUUUCUUCAAGUUCAAUGUUUCCGGUGGUGGCAAGAAAUGAGAUCUAUCCGUUCAAUGUUUCGGGAUGGAGAUAUCAUUUUCUAUCCGUGAAUCCUCCCAAGGAUCUUGAAGCUUCAUACAGUUCUGAGAGAGGAACCAAACUGUAUUUUCUGUUUUUGACAGUUGCAGUUUUUUUUUUUAUUUGGCUUACCAAAAACACAAACGUAUCUUCAACUCUUGUCCCUUUUUGCAGCUUCCUUGAGACAGGGCUUUUAAGCCUACUGUUUGUAGAACUAUUUCAACACUAUUUUGAAACCUGAAGUGAUUGUGAGUAAGGUAUUUGACAUAGAACAAGUUUCUUCUAAUGCAAAUGGAAUGCCC